GGUGGCAGUGAUGCAUCUAAUCGUUAGGGGCAAACCGCCAAUAAACCUUAAAGAAGAAGCAGAAGAAGAAGAAGAAGAACGAGAAGAAGAAGAAGAAGCAGAGCAGCUACUGCAGACUUAUUUUUAUAUUUAAAUAUGUUUUCCCCUUCUUGUUCAGUAGGUUUACUAUCAGCCCUAGUACAAUUGACCACCCAGUGCUAAGCCCUACCAUUAGCGGUGUGCUGGUUGAUACAGCAGAGCUAGCUCCACUGCUAACUUAGCUUAGCUUCUUCUGGUGUGUUGCUAACUCCACUUAGCUUAGUUAAACAACCUUAAAAGUGUGUUAAGUAAGCUUAGUCUGCAAGAGGUAACAGUUCACAUCAAACGCGUCUACAUUAUAGAGCAUGGCGCUCAAGUCGGGAGAGGAGCGUCUGAAAGAGAUGGAGGCUGAGAUGGCUCUUUUUGAGCAGGAGGUCCUCGGUGGUCCGGUGGCAGUAUCGGGGAGCCCCCCUGUGAUGGGGGAGGGAAUACCUGUAGCUCUCUCUGUCCCAGUAAUGCGAGCCAUUAUUGGCACCAACACCUACAGUCAGGUCCAGCAGACAUUAGAUGCCAGAGCUGCUACUUUUGUUGGUCCUCCCCCGGUGUUUGCCGGUCCAGUCCCUCCGAUGCGUCCUCCCAUGCUGAGACCGGCCUUUGUCCCUCAUAUCCUGCAUAGACCUGUUGGUCAGAGGAUGCCGAUGAUGCGCGGCCCUCCAAUGGCACCUCCUAUGCCCCGGCCUCCUCCUCCCUCCUCCCAUGAUGAUGCCUCCUUCCAUGCAGGGCCCAUCACCUCAGGGCGCUCCUCAGCCCCUCCAACACAUGGCUGCCCCCCCCCUCAGGUCUCAACUCUUCCUAUAAACCCAAAUGGACACUGUGCUGUUUCUCUCGGUCAACACCAUUGCUUAUUGUUUUCCACAUGGGGUGAAAUUGUAAAUCUUGCGUCUGCUCCUUCUCUCUCUCUCUCAGGUCCGAGAAUAUGGUCUCCAUGGGGGUCAGCUCCGCCCAUAAGACAGGGACCCCGCCCCCCAUCAAACCCACCACAAUCAAUUAUCCAGGCGGCACCGACCGUGUACUCUGCUCCACCCACCCCGCUGACAGAAAGGAUUGAUGUCAGAGCUCAGAGACAGGCCAGAAUGGAGGAGCUGGCAGCGCGGGUUGCAGAGCAGCAGGCAGCAGUGAUGGCAGCCGGUCUACUGGACAAGAAGACCGUGAAGACAAGCAGCACGGUUAUCGGACCCAGCAUGCCUGAGCCCGAACCCCCCCACACUGAGCCUGUAGAAAGUGCUACAGAGGACAAGAAGCGAGGGAAGUCGGAGAAGGUGAAGAAGUGUAUCCGUACGGCAGCAGGAACCAGCUGGGAGGACGCCAGUCUGCUGGACUGGGAAUCAGAUGAUUUCCGUAUAUUUUGCGGUGAUCUUGGCAAUGAGGUGAAUGAUGACAUAUUGGCCAGAGCCUUCAGCAGAUACCCGUCUUUCCUCAAAGCGAAGGUGGUGAGAGACAAACGAACAGGCAAGACUAAAGGCUACGGCUUCGUCAGCUUCAAAGAUCCCAACGACUACGUCAGAGCCAUGAGAGAGAUGAACGGGAAGUACGUCGGCAGUCGUCCCAUCAAACUGAGGAAGAGCAUGUGGAGGGACCGCAACAUGGAAACGGUACGCAAGAAGCAGAAAGAGAAGAAGAAGCUGGGCCUCCGGUAGAGACUGUGUGCUGCUCAGUGUACAAGUAUGACAUUGUAAAUGCUUUCACUCUUUUUUUUCAUUAAAUAAAACCAUUUCUUAGUUCUUGAUAUGGUCACUUUCAAUUUUA